AUGUUUGAUUUAUAUAGUGAAGCAGGGAAAGUUAUACAAAAGGCUCUAAACAAAGAAAAAAAUAUUCGAACUGCGAUUUAUGCAAGUAAUUUUAAGAACAAGAAACAAUUAUUGCGUUUAUGCUGUGAAACAUUGCGUUUUCGAAAUUGUUUGGAUAGAAUAUUGGAAGCGAAAGAAUUGCAUGAUUUGAUAACAGAAUUGCAUUUUGAUCGUUACUUGUUGUAUGUGUUACUAUAUGAUCAUAUUUUCGGUCAAGGAUUAAGCAAAGCUAAGAAAGUAUAUUCUAGCGCUAUUUUGAAACGUGCAACAUAUAUUGAUCAACAAUUAGAAACCAUGAAAGAUAUGAUUGAAGAGGCAAAAGGAUGUGUUGCACAACCGUCAACAGUCAUUCAAAAUCCGAGGUACGCAAGAGUGAACACACUAAAGUGGUCCUUUGAUGAAGCAUUGCAAGCUUUGCAAGAUGAAGGAUGGAAUAUUUCGACUUUGGAGCCUCAGGAACAUAACGAUUGGUAUAAGACCUCUGUCAGUUCGAUGUUAAAAGAUCAAGUUUACAUUGACUGUCAUGUUAAAGAAUUGCUUCUGUUUCCUGCAAAUACCGAUUUGCAUCAACAUUGGAUGGUUACGAGUGGAUAUUUAUUAUUGCAAGAUAAGGCGAGCUGUCUACCAGGUUUAGUUUUAAAUCCAAAAGCAGGAACUUGCAUAUUUGAUAUUUGUGCAGCACCUGGUAUGAAGACUACACAUCUAGCAGCACUGGUUCAAAAUAAAGGCAAAAUUUGGGCAAUCGAUAAAGCAAGUGAUCGAAUUAAAACGUUACAAGUAAUGGUCGAGAAAGCUGGAGCAAUUAACGUUAGCACAUGUUGCGGAGAUUUUCUUCGUACUGAUGUAACAAAUGACAGAUUUAAUAAGGUACGGUAUGCAUUAUUAGAUCCGCCAUGUAGUGGAUCAGGAAUUGUAAAACGUAUGGAUCAAUUAAUUGAUGAGGAAGAAAGAGUAAACACUAACCGUUUGCGAUCUUUAUCAAAUCUUCAGGCUAUGCUUUUGAAACAUGCAAUGGGAUUACCGAAUUUGAAGAGAAUCGUUUAUUCAACAUGUUCAAUUCAUGAAGAAGAAAACGAGCAAGUUAUUGAGGAGAUCCUUAACGACGAGUCUUUACGGACACAUUUCGAACUGAUAAAAGCAAUGCCAGAAUGGCCGCAUCGAGGAAGAGCAAAUUAUUCAUUCGGUGAUAAAUGUUUGCGAGCAUUACCAGAAAUUGAUCUAACUAAUGGAUUUUUUGUUGCUGUUUUUAAAAGGCGGAAAAUGUAA